UAAUUAUAGAUAAAUAUCUACGAAAAUAAAAUCUUAAGCUACACCAGGAUGAUACAUCUGAUCUGAUGUCUUCUAGCCUCUAAUAAAAAGCUUCAGUCCAAAAGUAAUGCUGAUAACGUAUACGAUUAUUAUCACUCAUUUGUUGUCUCUCAGCGUCUGUAUCAGCCACCGGUUGUUGUUAGUGUUAAUGCUUUGCUGCAAUAAACCGGUUGUGUUUUGAGGCAUUUGAAAUGACUCUCCAAACAAUAGUGUUAUUCUGUACUGCUUCUUUAUUGUGGUGGUCCGUGGAAGGUCGACAGUUUCCGAACCAAUUCAAGUUUGGUGUUGGCACGUCUUCUUACCAGAUCGAGGGGGCUUGGAAUGUGGACGGUAAGGGUGAAUCCAUUUGGGAUCAUUUCACCCAUCAUCAUCCUGAUAUGAUAGCGGACCGAAGUAAUGGUGAUGUUGCCUGCGAUAGUUAUCAUCAGUGGCGAAGAGAUGUAGAAAUGGUCAAUGAACUUGGAGUUGACAUAUAUCGCUUCUCAAUUGCCUGGGCACGAAUCAUGCCAACAGGUUUAAGUAAUCAAAUAAAUCUGAAAGGUAUUGAGUAUUAUGACAAUCUCAUAAACGAGCUACUCGAGAAUGGAAUCACUCCAAUGGUAACGUUGUAUCAUUUUGAUUUACCACAAAAACUGCAUGAUCUGGGUGGUUGGUUGACCGCCGAUAUUGUACAUCAUUUCGUGGAGUAUGCGAGAGUAGUUUUCAAAACUUAUGGCGAUCGAGUUCGAAUGUGGACAACAUUCAACGAACCCUGGCACAUUUGUGAAAAUUCGUACGGUAGAGAUGGAUUAGCACCGGCUGUAAAUUUUUCUGGAGUAGCAAACUAUAUUUGUGGUCACAAUUUGCUUAAGGCUCACGCCGAAGCAGUCCAUUUAUACAGAGAACAGUUUCAGUCAAGGCAGCAUGGUGUGAUUGGAAUUUCAUUGGAUUCACGAUGGUAUGAACCCGCAACUGAAUCGACAGACGACUCGGAAGCUUCCGAGUGGGCUUUACAGUUUCAUUUAGGCUGGUUUGGGCAUCCAAUAUUCUCUUCAACUGGAGAUUAUCCAGAAUACGUUAAGAAACGGAUUAACGCCUUGAGUAAAGAUCAAAACUUCUCUAGAUCAAGAUUACCAGUAUUCACGGCAGAUGAAAUCAAUCGGAUUAAAGGAACGGCUGAUUUUUUUGGUUUGAACACAUACACGACAAGACUGGUAACUAAAAACAGUGAAAGUAAUGCUGCCAAUUACAAAACCCCAUCGUUUGAGCACGAUUCUGCAGUUAUAUUCACGGUUGAUUCGAGUUGGGCUUCUGCGCAUACUUCUUGGCUCAAGAUCGUUCCUUUUGGUCUUCGUAAGCUGUUGAACUGGAUCAGGAAGGAAUAUGGAAACCUUCCAAUGUGGGUUACAGAAAACGGCAUCGGGACGAGUAUGGGAACCGUAGACUACCAACGGGUAGACUAUUACAACGGUUAUCUGGACGCUGUAUUGGAUGCAAUCGAAGAUGGGUGCGAUGUACGCGGGUACAUCGCGUGGAGUCUGAUGGAUAAUUUCGAAUGGCGUGCGGGAUAUGAAAGCAAGUUUGGGCUAUUUUAUGUUGAUUUUGAAAGUCCCAACCGAACACGGUAUGCUAAAAUGUCUGCUAAAGUUUAUAGGAGGAUUAUUGAAUCACGUUCAAUCGACAACAGCUUCCGACCACAACCUGACGUUAUUAUUUUAUCGAGUGAUGAUAUGUAUUGUGAUAAGAAUGCCUUCGAAAAUAAAGCAUGUGUUCCAUGA